AUGGCGCCGCUGCCAAACCCUGAAUGGUACGAAGAAGGGAAAGACACCAGGGUUACCUUCAAGAACCUAAGGAAGCUCCCGCUGUCGGUGCACACCGAGAUCUGGUCCUCCACCUGGAAGUGGUACAGAGAAUCGUUCGCGGAGUCCUUCGCGUGGAGCCGGAAGCGCAAGGAAGAGGCCAAGAAGAGGGAGGCCCACGAGAAGAUGAACACGCUCCGGGGCAUGGUGAAGGAGGCCCGCGAGGUCACGCACAACUCCCCGGAGGACUUGGAAAAAUCUAAGGAGGCUCUCAAGGAGCUAAUGGAAGAGAUUCAUGAAAACCGAGACGAGCUCAAGUCGGCAGCCCAGGAGAAGCUGGACUUGAUACGGGUCUCUCUGUCGGAAUUUUCCACGGGAUACCGACAAGCUCGUGACGAGGAAAUCAAGCGCGUGAUGGCGAUGGACAAGAGCAUGCUGCAGAGCUUCCUGAGCGAGAGAGCCGGGGAGGUGAAGCACGCCACCUCCCUCAUCGCGGACGCCAUCCUCGAGAAAGACGGCGGCGCCGGUGGCAGCAGCAGCAGGGAAGAAGGCGGACGGAGCUCCCCCGCACUGCGCAGCGCCCCUGCUCCUCCGAGCAUCAACAACGCCGCCCCCGAUGCAUCAUCGGUGGCGAGGCCACGGGAGCAGCCAGGGACGGUGUCGUCGACGACAGCGGCAAGCGACGCGGAAUCCCAUCCCAGCAACGACCCGGGUCACGCCGACCUCGACGGCGGGGCGACACGGUUCUUGUCCCCGCGAGCCCGCCGGGCGGUGGACGACGUUCUCCGAGACCCGGACGUGGAGCGGCUGGCGGGACGAGCGAAGGGCUUCGCGAGGGAGAGACUCCUGAAAGCGGAG